AUGCCCCAUCUCCGAGCUCACGAAGUCCAGCAGCUGUUGCACAACAAGUUCAUCGUUGUCCUGGGGGACUCGAUCCAGAGAGCCGUCUACAAGGACUUGGUGCUCCUGCUCCAGAAGGACUGCCUGCUGUCUUCCAGUCAGCUGAAGAGCAAGGGCGAGCUGAGCUUCGAACACGACGUACUGCUGGAGGGCGGCAGAUGGGGACGCAUGCACAAUGGCGCCCACUACCGCGAGGUGCGCCAGUUCUGCUCCGGGCGCCACUUGGUACGCUUCUAUUUCCUCACUCGUGCCUACUCGCCAUAUGUUGAGGACAUCCUGCAGCAGCUGCGAUGGGGCGAGUAUGCCCCGGACUUGGUGAUCAUGAACUCGUGCCUCUGGGACCUGUCCAGGUACAGAAGCAAUUUCCUCAGAAACUACCGAGAGGACUUGGAGAGGCUUUUCCAACACCUGGAUCAGGUGCUGCCCACCCACUGCCUCAUGGUAUGGAGUACCACCAUGCCUGUGGCCGAGGUCGUGUCCGGGGGCUUCAUCCUGCCGGAUGCCCCAGGGUGCCCCUCACGCCUGCGUGAAGAUGUGAUGGAGGCCAAUUUUUACAGCGCCAGGGAGGCAGCGAGGCGUGGCUUCGAUGUGCUGGAUCUCCACUUCUACUUCCGCCAUGCAGGGCAGCAUCGGCUGAGCGAUGGCGUGCACUGGGAUGAGCGAGCGCACCGCUACCUCUCGCAGCUCCUGCUGGCCCAUGUGGCAGACGCCUGGGGUGUGAUCCUCCCAGCCCACAACCCCGUGGGAAGGUGGAUCAGGGAUGGUCCUGUAGGAAGACAGCCAGACCCGGCAGACCGAAGGCAUCCUCGAGACCACCACCGCCACCGUGAGCAGCGCGAACCUCCUGGGGCCAGGCAUUCUCCUGCUCGCAGGUACCACCAUCACCACAGCCCUCAGAGAUCUUCUUCCCACCCUCGAAGCCAGUCCAGCCGCAGAGAGGACCGUAUUCCCUCAUCUCCAUCUUCCCACCAGCAGCCGUUCCACAGAGAUUCCCCGAGGCGCAGGCAUGGAUACUCCAGGGAAACCAACUCUACUGAUCGUGAGCAUAGACCCGGCCCCAUCCGCAGAAUCUAUUCCCCCGAUGAAACCAGGGAGUCUUCCCCUUACCCUAGCCGGCACCACAGUGAGCCACACAGAUCUCAUAGAAGGCACAGCCAUCAUCGGCACACCUAA